AUGUCCGCCGCCCCUACCCUUGCCGGUCUGACCCGCUCUUUUGGCGCCGGAUUCAAUAUCCAAAAGAAGGCCCUUAGCCGGCCGAUCCAGCCCAACCUACUAUGGCAAACUCGCCAGGAUUCUCGAGCAAUGAUGAGCACGAUGAACCACAAGUCGCUUCUCGCUGUCAAAAAGGACGACAGCAUCCCGUCUUCUAGAUCCGUCUCGACCACAGCUGUCGUCAAAGCAUCCAAAGAACCCAACACCUCUGCUUACUCACCAGCCUUCGGACUGGCCAUGCAAGGAAGCAAUUCACUCGGCCUCGCCACCCCAAGAAACGGAGCUGAAUACGUGGUCAGCACGCUUGACAAGAUCGUCAACUGGGCGCGACAGGGAUCGAUUUGGCCUAUGACGUUCGGAUUGGCAUGUUGUGCAGUGGAGAUGAUGCACAUGGCCGCGGCCCGAUACGACCAAGAUCGAUUCGGGAUCAUCUUCCGAGCAUCGCCUCGCCAGUCGGACGUGAUGAUCGUCGCGGGCACGCUGACCAACAAGAUGGCGCCUGCCUUGCGCAAGGUCUAUGACCAGAUGCCCGAGCCUCGAUGGGUGGUCAGCAUGGGAAGCUGCGCCAAUGGCGGCGGGUAUUACCACUACUCUUACUCCGUCGUCCGUGGCUGUGAUCGGAUCGUGCCUGUCAUUCCCGCCCUGUUUUUUGAUCACCCGACUUGUAGAUACGUGCCUGGCUGUCCACCUACCGCCGAAGCUUUGUUAUACGGCAUGCUGCAACUCCAGCGCAAGAUGAGAAGGACUCGAAAGGGAGUGCUAUGGUACCGCAACGAUCCGCCUGCCUCCGACGAAGCAUCCCUGACCGGCAUCGGCUCAUUCUCAAACUACAAACCAAUCCAUCCACUCACCCCCAACGAGCACCCCAAGCCGAUCCCCAACUCACCAUCACCCCCCGACCAACAACAGCAACCCACCGAGCAGGGCACAGCCAUCGCCUACCCCUUCCUGCUCUCAAACUCACCCGGAUUCAGCCCCAACCAACAAAACCACCAAACCGACAGCAGAACCUCAAAAGAGUUCUCCCCAGUCCUCAAGCCGGAGCCCCCCCAUUCCUCCCCAUCCACAAACACCCUUGGUCUAGCUACCACCACCAAUGCCCCCGAGUCGGCCAGGAACCCCAGAUCCUCCCCCGGCUCCCCCAAACCACAGUCCGCCCCUCGCAGCUCCCCAGGCCCGCCGCCGCCUGGCUUACGCUACACACAUGCAUACGAGCUCUACGACCGCCAGGUGUCUCGUGUCAAGCCUCACACCGCCGGUGUCCGCACCCCAAACGCCGUCCUGGUCUCCGGAUACUCUAACCACACCCCGGCCGCAUCCCCCCCUAAAAAGAUCCCACCCCCUCCACCAGCAGAGGUCUGUUUGGAAUGCAUGAUGAGAGAUCGGGACAUGAUCGGGAUCGACGUCGUCGGGCCGGGGAUCUGGGCCAGGGAGAGUGACGCUGAUUUCGAGGAGGCCGUCCGAGCCGAAGCUGCUGCCAUGGAGGAUGAGGAAUCCGCGGCCGAGUGCGAUCAAGACUCGUCGGUCCAUCAGACCCUCUCCAGUCGAACCAUCGACGACCCUUUGGGGGAGAGUAGCUCCUCGGGUCACAUCAACAAGAGGAUCACUCCCGCCGCCCUUAACGGCCGCACUGGCUCCUCUCGUGAUCACCCCUCACACAAACCUCGCUCCCAUAGAAAGCCAAUCGGCAAGGGUCAGCCACUCACCAUGCCUGCUCUCAAGGCCUGGACUCAGAUGAAUGUACCUGCCUCCAGUCAUCGCUGGCGCACCUUACAGCUGUACCUCAGGGAACAACGCCACUACCUCGAACUAGAACGACGAGCCAAGCGAUCGAUCGACCUUGAGAACGAACGGACCGAAGAGUUGAUCCGGAGCAAUACCGAUAGCCUCGUCCAAUCCAGCUCGAUGCGCACCCCCACCGAGGCCCCCCGCUCGGAUUACCAGUUCCUUCACACCGUCCCCCGCGCCAAGAUUACCCACAGGGCUUCCAGUACUACCCUCUUGUCCAACGGAUUGAUCCUCGAAACUUUGGACGUCUCGAAAGAUGAGAAAGAGGCCGCAAAGACGAGCACGAUGAACAUCAACUCGCUUACACUCAACCCGGACUCACUCAAUGCGGUUGCGGGUAUGGAUCAAGCCCUUUCCAGUCACCCUGGCACCCCAUCUACUCGGCCGCCUUCGCCCCACCGGUUCAGCUUUGCCAGUCGGAAGAGUGGCGGCUUUGGAGAGAGCAUGCGGCCGUUUUCCACCUGGGGUCGCAACCGACGAAGCGCAUCCAACUCGGUCCUCUCGCUCGCCCCCUCGGGCUCGAUGAUCGACAUGCACGUCGGUCUCUCCCAAGACAGGCACCUCACACCAGGCUCGUUUCCGAGCUCACAGAUCGGCCAGCCGAUCCCCAAGAACCGAUCGAUGCUCAACUUUCACCAGUCACUAGGCGGGCCGCCGAUGGGCGCCCAUCAGCAGGAGUACACCCACAAGCCCUCCCUGGGCUCGAUGACCUCGAGCCCGACGGCUGCACGGCUCGGACUGGGCCGCCAACGGGCAUGCUCGAUCGACCAAAUCGGCUCUCCGAGUCCGCUGGGUACGCAGUCACGAGGGCGAGCGGCGGCGCAUGCGAAUGCGGACGACGAGCCGCUCGAUCCGCCACCGUCGUUAUCGGUGCUUGCGCGGGAGCAACAGAGCCAUCGCCGGAACCGGUCGACGCUGUCGUUGCCGCUGACGAAUGUCCGUCGCUUCGGGGGCUUCCGCCCCCAGUCGUCGUCGACGGCGACCAUGGGAGGAGGCCCGGACUCGAGCCUGAGCUCGCCGGUCUCCCACCAGUUCUUGCCCCCCUCGCCCGGCGCCAAGAUGUCCCUGCACUCGGGCUCCGCUGCCCAGUCGCCCUACAUCGCGCCCAACAACGACCCCCUCUACGACUCCCUCGCCGAGGAACUCGAGACCCCCGCCCGUCAGCACCCUCACCAGCAACCGCGCUCCCGCGUCCGCUCCCUCGGCACCACUAGUCUCUUCAACGAGCUCGCCACCACGCAGGAAGAAGAAGACGACCCCCGUCUGCCCAAACGCGCAUCCACACUCGACCCGGCUUCCUCCACCGAACCCCUCCCCGGCCUCACGAACCACACCAGUACCGUCUCCUGCUCAAGACCUACUUCGACCAACCACACUACUGCUGCUGCUGACAAAUCGCCCAGCGUGCGCACCGUGCUCAGCAAGUCUUCCAAGAUCUUCCACAAACUCUCCACCAUCAACCUCGCCGCUUCCGCCUCCAAACGCCGCUCCUCGUCCGGCGGCUCGAUGUCGAAUAACAACAAUUCGCUGGCCAGCUCGACCAACCUCCGCCCGACGCCACACUUGCGCACCUCCACCUCGUCCGUCUUCUCUGCGACGAACACCCCCGGCCCCGGCCCCGACGGCUCGCCCGACCACCACCAGCAGCUCCAUCCCGCCCACUCCCAGUUCAUCCAUCAGCACCCGCCCUUCAACACCGCCCCGCCCGCCCACAGACCCGACUAUCUGCCCUCCGAGAAGACCCGCAACGGCGUCUCCAGGUCCGCCGACUUCCUCGCCCUCCGAUACGUCUCGCUCUCCCGCGACGACCAGAUCCUUGGCCACCACCACCAGUCCUGA